GCGCAACUAUGAGAAUAGUGGGUUGUAUAAAAGUUAAUCAACGUCCACAAUCAGAGAUGGAUUACGUCAAUGAAGCGAUUGAGGUUGCAUCUGAAGAUGAAAUCGGCAAUACCAAUAUUAAAAAUGAUGAUUCUUUUGAUGAAAGAACCCUGUAUAU